AUGAAUUAUAAAUAUUUUAUACUAAUCUUAGGGUGUGUCCUAAUAACAAUUAAUGGAAGCAAAUGUAAAAAAGUAAUUAAUUCUGAUGCUGUUUAUAUAUUUGAUGAUUUAUAAACAAAGGAAUAUAAAUAAAUUCUAAACGGUAUUCUUUAUUCAUAAUUUAGAAACAAGUACAUUAUAUUUCCGAUUUUGUUAAUCAAUUCUAAAAUGUCCACAAAUAACAUAUAAUACAUUUGCUGUAAUAAUAAAUAAUGAAGGAACACCAGAAUAAUAAUGCAUAUCAUUGAUUAAUACAAAUUAAUACUUUGCAGAUUCAUUUGAACUUAUUAAUUAAGAUUAAUCUAAUGAAGGUGUGCAGGCAGAAUUUAAUAAGUAUUGAUAUAAUCUCAUUAAAAAAUAGUACAUUAAAUGGAUUUUCAGUAAAUUAUGUACUAAAUUGUUAAGAUGAAUAAGAAGGUCUUAAGAUAUUGGAUAUAUCCUAUGAAAAGGACAAACAAUUAUAUACUAUUAAUAUGGAAGCUGAUGAUGGAUGUCCAUUAGUUUUAUUUUCUUAAAUUGUUUAAUUUCUAAAUGAUAAUAAGAAAUUUCUUUCUGCAAUUCUAAUAAUAAUUGGUUUAACAGAAUGUUUAAUGGGUAAAUAAAUCUUAAAGCCAACUCUAUUUAUUUUUGGCUACUUAAUUGGCUUUUUCUUUUCACUUUAUAUAUCUAGUGAAUUAGAUAUGGGAGACAAUCCAUUUUAUUUAUGGAUAGCAUUAAUAAUUUCUGUAUUAUUUGGAGCAUUUGUAGGAGGUUUAUCUAUGCAUCUUGAUAAGGUUGGAAUUGUUGCAAUAGGUAUUGGACUAGGAGUAGUUUUGUCAUUACUUUUAUGGAAUGCAUUAUUGGUUCAGUUUAUUACAUCAUAAUAUUUAUUAUAUUCAAUUAUAGUAGUUUUAAGUUUUGGAUGUAGUGUUCUAUCGUUUAGAUUAUUCGAUCAUCUAAUCAUUUUUAGUACUAGCUUUUUAGGAGUAUAAAUAUAUAUAAAACCAUAUCUAGUCAUACUUAGUUUUUAAGGCAAUAGGUUUGAUAGCUGGAGGGUUUCCUUCAGAAAUUAGGAGUAUUUCAGGAAAUUCAGAUUACAGAUAUUAUAUUUAUUUUACUUGUAUUAUAAUUUUAGCUUGUUUUGGUAUCUUCUACUAGUAUAAAUAAUGGGGAUAGAACAUAAUAACUUAUGAUUAAAUCGUAUAAUCAAUGAUGAAUGGCAAUUAACCAAAUGAAGUCAAAGAUUCACUUUUAAAUGAUCCUUAAAAUACCCAAGACUUGAUUGAAUUAAAAGAGAUAUAGUAAAAAUCAGAAAUAAAAGGAUUUUAGUGA